AUGGCCACCCAACGUCUCACAAUCGACAACAUCCGCCCCGAGGUCCGAGAUGCCCAGUACGCCGUGCGUGGAGAACUAGCCUCCAAGGCCGAUGAGUUCCGCGAACGCCUGGAAAAGGGCGACAAGUCCCUGCCGUUCGACAAGGUCAUCUUCGCCAACAUCGGCAACCCCCAGCAGCUCGACCAGAAGCCCAUUACCUUUUUCCGCCAGGUACUCAGUCUGCUCGAGUACCCCGCACUGCUGGAGCAGGAGGACGCCCUGAAAGCCGCCUUUGGAUACAAGCAGGACGUCAUCGACCGAGCGAGGACGCUGCUCAAGGGCGUGCAGACUGUCGGUGCCUACAGUCAUAGUCAGGGAGUGCCCGCGAUCCGAGAGAGUGUCGCCAAGUUCAUCGAGCAGCGUGACGGGUUCGCGACGGACCCCAAGAACCUGUUUCUGACUGGUGGCGCUUCCUCCGGCGUGAACACUCUGCUGAAUGUGAUCUGCGCGAACAAGUCGAGCGGUGUUCUGGUCCCGAUUCCGCAGUAUCCUUUGUACACCGCUACGUUGGCUCUUUUGAAUGCUCACUGCGUGCCAUACUAUUUGGAAGAAGGCAAGGCAUGGGGUACGGAUGUGAAAGCCAUCCGGGAUUCAGUCUCCGCUGCGAAACGCGAUGGCAUUGACGUCCGCGCCAUUGUGGUUAUCAACCCUGGAAACCCUACUGGCGCAAGUCUGAGCCCCGACGAUAUCAAGGAUGUUCUCGACCUCGCCGUCGAGGAGAACCUGGUCGUCAUCGCAGACGAAGUGUACCAGACGAAUGUGUUCAUUGGCGAAUUCACAUCCUUCAAGAAGAGACUGGGCCAACUGCAGCAGAAAUUCCCAGGCAAAUACGACAACGUCGAGCUGGCCUCGUUGCAUAGUGUGUCCAAGGGAAUGGUGGGCGAGUGCGGUCAUCGUGGGGGUUAUUUCGAGCUGGUCAACUUUGACCCGGAGGUUCAGGCUCAGAUUUACAAGUUCAUUAGCAUCAUGCUCUGUCCCUCUGUCAUUGGACAAUGUCUGGUGGAAUUGAUGGUGAAUCCCCCUAAGGAAGGCGAGCCCAGCUACGAGCUAUAUACCAAGGAGUACAACGGCAUCAAAGAUGGACUACAACAACGCGCGACAGCAUUGUACGAGGCCUUCCAGAAGAUGGAGGGAGUUGAAUGCCAAGAACCACAGGGAGCCAUGUACCUCUUCCCGACCAUCACCCUUCCGCCCAAGGCCCUCUUAGCUGCCGAAAGCGCCGGCAAAAAGCCAGACGAAUUCUACUGUCUCGCACUGCUAGAUGCUACGGGCAUAUGUGUCGUGCCAGGCUCUGGAUUUGGUCAAAAGGAGGGCACGCUGCAUUUCCGCACGACGUUUUUGGCGCCGGGCACUGAGUGGGUGAAUCGGAUUACGAAGUUUCACGAGGAAUUUUUUCAAAAGUAUAAGUGA